CGCGGGGACCAAAUGUAGCCCUAAAUCGUUGAUAUGUUCUUCCACCGCACGCAGCUAAGGGUGCUGCUGACCCUUCUUCCCUUUUUCUCCAAGUAAUCAUCUCCGACUUUCCAAAUACAGACAAUUCAUUGCAAAUUAUACUCCAAGAUUGCCCCAUUUCCAGUUUAAUCGGACACGGGAGGGAUCAGCUAUAUCAUGAAGGUUCAUGGCGUCAUUCUAUGAUAUUUGAAGAUUGUUUAUUGGUAAGGGAGACAUUUUAAAGGAGCAAUGGCAGAAGAACUGAAGCAUCAUGAAAAUGAAUGGAUGGAAGAAUACAAUAGAAAUGUUUCUUUGAUGUCUGGGACGAUGGUGGGUGUAAAUGGAAUCGAAGUCUCUGCAACUUCACAAAACCGGAAUCCCAAUUUGGAGACCUCUUCCAAAACAAAUUUGGGGUUGCCUGAGCGUGCGUUUUCGGCUGCUGGUGCGGCUUUUCUGUCUGCCAUUUUAGUAAAUCCGCUUGAUGUGGCUAAGACAAGAUUGCAGGCACAAGCUGCAGGAGUCGCUUACACUCAUCCAUUGAGUAAUUUUGCCACUCGAAUGUCAUUGUUUGGACCGCACAUGAUGUUUGCUGAUCUGAGGUGUUCUCCUUCAUGUGCACGGGCUGGAGUUCACGGCACAGUGUCAAUUUGCCCACCUGAUUGUUUUCAAUACAAAGGAACAUUGGAUGUGUUCUACAAAAUUGUGCGGCAGGAAGGGGUUUCUGCUCUCUGGAGAGGAACAAAUGCUAGCUUAGCACUUGCUGUGCCCACCGUUGGUAUAUACUUGCCAUGCUAUGAUGUCUUCUGCAACAAGUUAGAGGAAUUUGCCACACACAAUGCUCCUGCCCUAAAACCUUAUGCACCAUUGCUCGCUGGUUCCCUUGCUCGGUCUUUAGCAUGCGCAAGUUGCUAUCCCAUUGAGCUUGCAAGAACACGUAUGCAGGCAUUUAAGCAUGCCCAUGGUGAUAAAAGGCCUCCUGGAGUCUGGAAGACUUUAAUCGAUUUAAUCUCCCAGGUCAAGGGUUCCAGUAGCAUAAAUAACACCUCAGUGCCAAGCUAUCGUGUCUUAUGGACGGGUCUUGGGGCUCAGCUUGCUCGCGAUGUUCCUUUCUCUGCAAUCUGCUGGUCAACCCUUGAACCGGUUAGGAGGCGACUACUAGGCGUGGUCGGAGGUGAAACUGAUGCAGUCAGUGUUCUUGGAGCAAAUUUUUCGGCUGGUUUUGUUGCUGGGAGCCUCGCUGCUGCUACUACGUGUCCACUUGAUGUUGCAAAGACUCGUAGACAAAUUGAGAAAGAUCCAGCAAGGGCUUUGAAAAUGACUACACGGCAUACGCUCCUGCAAGUUUGGAGGGAUGGAGGUAUGAAAGGAUUGUUUGCUGGGGCUGGCCCACGCGUUGGUCGAGCAGGCCCUUCGGUUGGGAUCGUGGUUUCGUUCUAUGAAGUUGUAAAGUAUGUUCUACACCAUCAUUACACCGUAUCUUGAUAAGGCAUACCCAUACAAAUAGAAAGAACUUGAAAAAGAAAAAGCUGCUGACAACUAGAAAACUAACAUGAAUUCUGGAUGUUGCGAAAGAAGCAUAGCCCGACGAAUGUUCAAUGUCAACAAGUAGGCGUAGAGAUAGCACAGUCUCGUCGUUUCGACAUUCGGGGAAAAUAAUGAUGUUUCUUCUCAUUUUCGAUGGUUAUGGUUGGACAAUGAGAUCCACCCAUGAGAAGAGAUUUUGUGAAAUUUUGGUGUUCUUUUAUUAUUGAACAGUUUUGGUUAUUGAACAUCAGUCAAUUGUUUUGGAUUUUGUGGAUUUUUGCAGUCGUUUAUUUUGGUAAUUCUGUAAAUGCACCAUUCAUUUGUUACUCAGGUAAUUCUAUUUUGGAUUUUGUGCA